UUUUAAUACUUGGAAGGCAAGAGCAUGUGAUACUUCACUGACAUUGUCUUCUGCUGGUGCCCACAAAUUCCUAUUCAACACAAAUCAGUAUGAAUUGCCAUUGCCUAUAUAAACAUAUCCAAAGAGGUAUCUACAACCACAGCUCUCAGCAAACUUCAAAGUAUUCAAAGCUUUCUCUGCUUUUAAGUUUCUUUAUACUUCUUUUUCUUGUCACAUCUAUACUAAAGCUAAAGGAUCAUGGCUAUUCUUCGUAUGAUCAAGAAGCCUUCUGCAACUAGAGAUAUUCCCAAGGGCCAUUUUGCUGUGUAUGUUGGGGAGAUGCAGAAGAAGAGAUUUGUAGUCCCCAUAUCAUUCUUGAGUGAACCUUUAUUUCAAGACUUGCUUAGUCAAGCUGAGGAAGAAUUUGGCUUCGACCAUCCAAUGGGUGGUGUGACUAUUCCAUGCAGUGAGGAUUUGUUCAUUGAUCUCACAUCUCGGUUGAGAAAGUGAGAAGGAAACCAGUCCCCAUUUUAUAAUUACACAAUUUUGUAUUAUAGUAAGUCAGGAUCCUCACUGUGUACAGUUUAGAGUUACUAGUUAGACUUAGGACACAGUUUUCUACUUCAAAAGAAAUUGAAGUAAUGAAACUUUUUUACUUCCAUCGUUUCUAUUCCAUACAUGAUGUAGUCAAUUCAUAGCAAUAGAAAUUUUUUGC